AUGAAACAAUGUUCGAUAUGUGAAUGCGACAAUGUCGGUAUUUAUAUUACGGAUGGAGCAUUAGGCAUCUAUGAGGAGUGUGAAAUCGCCAGAAACACGUUGGCUGGUGUAUGGGUGAAGAACCGUGCGAAUCCGUUCUUCAAACGGUGUCAUAUUCAUCACGGACGAGAUGUUGGUGUGUUCACGUUUGAGCAUGGAAUGGGUUACUUCGAGAAAUGUAAUAUUCAUGGAAAUCGUAUCUCCGGGAUCGAAGUGAAAAAUCAAGCAAAUCCGACGGUGGUUCGAUGUGAAAUACAUCAUGGUCAAACUGGUGGUAUUUACGUGCACGAGAAAGGACGUGGUCAGUUUAUGGAGAAUCGCAUCUACGGGAACGCAUUCGCGGGUAUUUGGAUAACAUCACAGUCGGAUCCAACAGUGCGCAAAAAUGAGAUUUUUAACGGCCAGCAAGGCGGUGUCUAUAUAUUCGGUGAGGGCCGUGGUCUGAUCGAGCACAACAAUAUCUAUCAUAACAAUUUGGCCGGCAUACAAAUCCGAACUGGUUCGGAUCCGAUCGUUCGAUUGAACAAAAUCCACAGUGGACUGCACGGAGGCAUUUAUGUGCAUGAAAAGGGAAAAGGUCUAAUCGAAGAGAAUGAAGUGUAUAGUAAUGCUUUGGCUGGUAUCUGGGUGACGACCGGAUCAUCUCCGAUAUUACGUAAAAAUCGGAUACAUUCUGGAAAACAGGUUUCGUUUUCUUUUUUUGCAGUUGACUAC